UUUGCAUGAAAAAAUACUAAAAUAUGGGUUCUUAUAUUGAAACAACGGAGAAUAAAACACCGCCCGUGUUUCCCAGAGCCUUGGAACCGUACGAAAUCAGACCCGUGGCUGAUGAGUUGGGGCUGACAAGUACAGAGAGAAAAUCGUUGCAGAAUGGUUGGACUAUAAUUAAACAAAAGCAACGCCGAGCAGCGCUUAAUAUCUAUGUGAAUUUCUUCGCCGAACAUGAGGAUCUUUAUGAAAUAUUUCGCUUUAACGGUGUAUUGGACAUUGAGUUCGCCAGUCAACAUCAAAAGGAUGUGCUCGCCGUUUUCCAAAUGAUCAUUGAGCAGUUGGAUAAUUCACGCUUCGUGAAGACUAUGAUGAAAGAGCUUGCGCUUAGACAUAGAGCUGCUUCUGUCAGCGGCACAAUGUGGCAGCUGUAUACAAAUGAAGUAAAACUUUACUUUCUGAAGACCCUGAAUGAUGCCCUUUCGCCAACAUUUGUUCACGCCCUAGAUACAUUAAUAAAUUAUAUCUGCGAUUUUAAUGAAUUCAAUGAGUCGAGAGAUGACCAGAGUCAACAGCAAGAACUUGACAAGGAAUGAUUGAUAAAUUCAAAUUUGUGAAGUAAACUCAUGUAUAUUUGUAUUUGCGUAAAUGUAUUUCUAAGACUUUUUAA